GCUAACAUUUCGGCUUUGGUUUAUGUUUUAUUUUUCCUUAUCAUCCUUGUUAGCUCUGAAAAAAAGGUUGAUCUUUGCCAGUUGCUGACUUCGAAAGAAAUGUCUUCUUUAACGGUUUAUUUUUGUACGAGGCAUUUCAUUUGUUUUAAUAUAACUUUUUUUAAAAAGGAGGAAGAAAGUGAUAGUAGUACCAUACAAGGGAUCCAAAUAUUUGAUUGGACAAGAUGUUUUCCAGUUGCGAGGAGUAAAAGAACUUAAUAUACAAACAAUAAACCGAAAUAAAUGAGCACGUUAAACCAACCGGUUAUGUGAAUAGGAAAUACACUUGAUCCCAAAUUUUAAUCCUUUGGAGCUUAACCCUCCUCAAAAUUCUUGCCUUCGAUAAGAAGCGGGACUGGACCUUCUGUGACACACAGGAUGUAAUGAUGUUUGCUUUAGGUUGUGCCAAAGGAAUCGCUAACCAACUUUUCAGAAAUCCCAGAUGGAGGUCUGGACUCUUUGUGCAUCACCUCCAGUUCCCUAAUUACACCGUCUAUACAAAGCAGAGACCUUUUGCAGAAGUUCCACAUGGAUCAGCUUCUUCAAAUCAAAACGUAUUCGAGUACUGCUGCAGACGUCACAUGAGUAACUCGACGAUAGAGCUAAGAACUGAAGAUAAUGUGGUGAGGUUUUCUUUCAGCAACAACACCAAAAGUGUGCCUAUGAGGAGGACAGAGAAGAAAUGGAAACGAGCUAAAUCGUCAAGAAAGGCUAAAGUGAAUGAGUUAAGGUUUUACCGUCUAAAGGCCAAAAAGAAGAUGAAUUCUCCAAAUCCUGAAGUUAGGAUUCGAUAUAAGCUCGAAAAGGCCAAGAGAAAAGAAGAAUGGUUGAUUGAGAAACUGAGGAAAUACGAUGUCCCAAAAACGCCAGCAGAAGCCUAUGAUCCAGAGACUUUGACAGAGGAAGAGCAGCAUUACCUAAAACGUACAGGUGAAAAGAGAAAGAACUUUGUACUUGUGGGAAGACGAGGAGUGUUUGGAGGUGUGGUCCUGAACAUGCACCUCCAUUGGAAAAAGCACGAGACUGUUAAAGUUAUCUGCAAGCCGUGCAACAAACCCGGGCAGAUCCAUGAGUAUGCAGAGGAGCUUGCUAGGCUAAGCAAGGGAAUCGUGAUCGAUGUUAAACCUAACAACGCCAUAGUACUCUACCGCGGGAAAAACUAUGUCAGACCACAAGUGAUGUCUCCUGUUGAUACACUCUCUAAAGAUAAGGCUUUGGAGAAAUAUCGGUAUGAGCAAUCGCUUGAACAUACGAGUGAGUUCAUUGAGAAGCUCGAGAAAGAGCUUGAGGAGUAUCACAAGUACGUUGCUCGGUACAAGAAGAAGGAUGAGGUAGAUUCAAAGAGCAAAGCAGUGUAACUUACACAUUUGGAGAUUUUGUUUGGCCUCAAAAACCCGAAUCUGAAAAGAGUUGAAUAUCUUUGCUUUUUCUCAGUCUUUGUUACUUGCAUUGAAUUUUUCCAAGUGCUAGAGCGGAUUCGAAUAAAGUAGUUGAUUUACUAGAACCAUCUUACACUAGCUUCAUAGCAUGUUUUGGAGUAAUUAUCUAUCAUUUCACUAGCCACCAUGCACAUUAGUUUCUCUUGGCGUUGCCACUGGGACGAACUUUGGAUUGGGUGUGGUGACUCCAUUGUUAUCAAUUGUUGGCAGCGGGCAGUGUUGUAGCCCCCUACAUCUAUGCAAUGUUGAUGUAAUAAUAAAAAUCAAAUUUAAUAAAUCUUUUGUAAUAUA